AUGAGUGAUGCCCCAACGUUGCGGAGUAUUAUUGAAACGCAACUUGGCGAUAUCUCAGCAAUAGAAAGUGAAACAAUAGAUUCCAAAUAUGUAGAAAGGAUUGAAUUUUUAAUAAAAUCUUUACAAGACAAAAAUCUAACGAAUGAAGCUAAAAUUCCUAUAUCAAAAGAGUUAUCAGAUGGAUUAUUUACAGGUUAUUUCUAUUAUCAGCAUAUUGUUUCCAACAUUUUCAAAACAAAAAAUUUAAAUACGUAUUCUGACAAACUUUUUGCAUUAUUAGAUGCAUGCGAAGACGAAAAUUUUGAAGAUUAUAUCAUAAACAAUAUCAUUUGUGAGUUCUUAGCAUCAUUAAAUGUUUAUGUUCAUGAUACAAUCAAUCUUCGUAUGUAUAACAUCGCAACACUAGAACCAGGGACCAAAGAAUAUAGACAGCAUAUCAAAAUGUGGAUGCAAUUCGUUUCACAAACACCUUUACCUCGAGAAAUUGAAUUUUUCGGUCAAACUCUUCUCCAAUAUAUGAUACAAUUCAUCACAGACAAUAAAACAGACCCAAAACAUUUCGUUUACAUCACAGAAUUAUACAAAAUCCUUACAAAAGCAUGCAAAACAAAUCCAUACACUUUUUUCCCUCUUUACAACAGAUAUCUUGCCAUAAACAUGAUUACAUACAAAAUGGAAGGUCUUACACUCGAUUACUUCAUUGAAAUCCAUAAUUUUUUCCAAAUUUUUAUUCAAAAAUUUAUUGAUCCUUCAACUCCCUUAGUUUUACACUUUUUAAGGUUCCACGAGAUGUACAUUGAUGAAAACAAUCCGAAAUGCGAGUUUAUUCAAGUUUGUCUCGUAUUUUGGAUUGAAUUAUCUCAAUACGAGUCAAAAUGCGCCAAUUUACUUGCCAGACCCAUCAGACCUAAGUAUAUGCAAGUGUACGACCAUCCAAUCAUCCCUCAUUUGCUUAUACAGUCACUUUACGACAAAUUAACCGCAUUAAUCACAAAAUUCGAGCCAGAGAAGCUGAUGGUCAAGGGAAAUAACACUUCACUAACCGAAUUAUCCGUUAACCUUUUAAUGGAACUUUUUCGGAAUAAUCCGCAAAAUACUUUCUUAUUCAUCACGAAAAUCUGUGGGCAGCUAAGAUGCGAGAACACCCUUCAAAAUGACAGAACUUUUGCGCUUCUUGUGGCGAUUUGUUCGGUAAAUUUGUCGAAUUCUUCAAUAAUCAAAGUAUUUUCACGAAAAGUGGAGAAAUUCAACAAAAUGAACAUCCCUAUACUGAUAUCGUACCUAGAUCAAGGUGAUAUUCGCCUCUCCGAGUAUUGUUUGUACGCAUUAACUUUCAUUUUUAGUAAUUACAGAAAAAUAGUCAGGGAAGUUGAUUCUUCACUUUUAGAAAAACUUUAUUCACAUAUCCAAAUCAAAGAAACGUCCACGAAACAACAGAUUUCGAGAUGGAUUUCAAUAACCUUUGGAUUUUGUUCCUCGUUGACUCCGGACAUCACACAGACCCAGAACUACUUAACUCCGCAGUUGCUUGACCAAAUUUUCAACAAUUUGUUGAAAUUAAGAUAUCAUCCUGCAAUUUCGGCCGACGAAGACAUAUUAGUGCAGGUAUAUGAUACAUUAUACAUAUUGGUAGGAAGUAUGCCUUAUAAUGAAACUUUGCUGCUGUUUUUGAACAAUUUAAUUAUAAAAGAAGAAUUUUCCGGUCUUUCCAGCGAAAUAAACAAAACAGAGUGCGAACAUUUGGUUUCUAGGAUCAAUGUAAUAGAAAUGUGCACAAAAAGACUCGCUCCUCACGUUGAAAUUAAUUUGGAAAUAUUUAAUUUAAUAAAACAAUGCUUAAACACUGAAAUUCCACAACUCAAAGAACAAGCAACAGAGUUGUUGAUGUGCUACGCGUACGAAGUCCCGAAAAACUUGUUAUCCAAAAUUGAUAUUCAAUUUUUCUUGGAAUUUAUGGUAAAUAGCAUUGAUUCGGAUGAAGAAUCAGUGCAGAUUAGCGUAUUCAACAUCAUUAAGGUCCUAAGAUUCGCAGAUUUCCAGUUUCCAGUUGAAAUAAUAAAUAAAUUUUUGGAAAUCAUUGGAAAAUCGUGCGAAAACGCUGAAAAAUACCAAAAGAACAAGUUGAACUAUCUGAAACUGCUGAAUUCCAUUGGAAAAAUGCCAAAUGCGGCUGAAUCAAUUUUAUCUGUUGAAAAAAUUUACGAAAAAUUGUUGGUUGAUCUUGGAAAUUAUGAAUGCGAUCCUCUUGAUGAUAAAGAGCUCUCCGAAGCAUCAGAAAUCUUUAAUUUUGUUGCAACAGGGUUUAUUAUUUUUUGGGAAUCAUUUAGAACUAAUUUCCAAACAAUUUCUUCCCAGAAAAAGUUUGUGGCAAAAUUAAACAAGUUUUGCAUCAAUUGCUACAAAAUUGGGAAUUUGUCUCACGUCUGUUUGAAGCAACUGCAUAACAUGAUACUUUAUUUCUUCGGAGUUUUGAUGCCUUUCCCUGCUUUGUUGUUGGACAACUCUUUUACGAAGAAAUUGAUGAAAAACUAUAGAAAAACUUGA